GGGGCUACACUUGGGCCCCGCGUCCUGCUCCCAUGGCCGCCCCCGGCUCCCCGCGCUGCCCCCUUUCCCCCGGGCCGCGCCCCGGGGCCCCGCACUGACGGCCCAUGGCGCCGCCCGCCGCCCGCCUCGCCCUGCUCUCCGCCGCGGCGCUCACGCUGGCGGCCCGGCCCGCGCCCAGCCCCGGCCUCGGCCCCGGACCCGAGUGUUUCACAGCCAAUGGUGCGGAUUAUAGGGGAACACAGAACUGGACAGCACUACAAGGCGGGAAGCCAUGUCUGUUUUGGAACGAGACUUUCCAGCAUCCAUACAACACUCUGAAAUACCCCAACGGGGAGGGGGGCCUGGGUGAGCACAACUAUUGCAGAAACCCAGAUGGAGACGUGAGCCCCUGGUGCUAUGUGGCAGAGCACGAGGAUGGUGUCUACUGGAAGUACUGUGAUAUACCUGCUUGCCAGAUGCCUGGAAACCUUGGCUGCUACAAGGAUCAUGGAAACCCACCUCCUCUGACUGGCACCAGUAAAACGUCCAACAAACUCACCAUACAAACUUGCAUCAGUUUUUGUCGGAGUCAGAGGUUCAAGUUUGCUGGGAUGGAGUCAGGCUAUGCUUGCUUCUGUGGAAACAAUCCUGAUUAUUGGAAGUACGGGGAGGCAGCCAGUACCGAAUGCAACAGCGUCUGCUUCGGGGAUCACACCCAACCCUGUGGUGGCGAUGGCAGGAUCAUCCUCUUUGAUACUCUCGUCGGCGCCUGCGGUGGGAACUACUCAGCCAUGUCUUCUGUGGUCUAUUCCCCUGACUUCCCCGACACCUAUGCUACGGGGAGAGUCUGCUACUGGACCAUCCGUGUUCCGGGGGCCUCCCGCAUCCACUUCAGCUUCCCCUUAUUUGACAUCAGGGACUCGGCGGACAUGGUGGAGCUUCUGGAUGGCUACACCCACCGUGUCCUAGCCCGCUUCCAUGGGAGGAGCCGCCCACCUCUGUCCUUCAACGUCUCUCUGGACUUCGUCAUCUUGUAUUUCUUCUCUGAUCGCAUCAAUCAGGCCCAAGGAUUUGCUGUUUUAUACCAAGCCGUCAAGGAAGAACUGCCACAGGAGAGGCCCGCUGUCAACCAGACGGUGGCCGAGGUGAUCACAGAGCAGGCCAACCUCAGUGUCAGCGCUGCCCGGUCCUCCAAAGUCCUCUAUGUCAUCACCACCAGCCCCAGCCACCCACCUCAGACUGUCCCAGGAUGGACAGUCUAUGGUCUGGCAACUCUCCUCAUCCUCACAGUCACAGCCAUUGUAGCAAAGAUACUUCUGCACAUCACAUUCAAAUCCCAUCGUGUUCCUGCUUCAGGGGACCUUAGGGAUUGUCAUCAACCAGGGACUUCGGGGGAAAUUUGGAGCAUUUUUUACAAGCCUUCCACUUCAAUUUCCAUCUUUAAGAAGAAACUCAAGGGUCAGAGUCAACAAGAUGACCGCAAUCCCCUUGUGAGUGACUAAAAACCCCACUGUGCUUAGGACUCGAGGUCCCUCUUUGAGCACAAGGCUGCCGUGGUCAACCUCUCCUGUGGUUCUUCUCUGACAGACUCUUCCCCUCCUCUCCCUCUGCCUCGGCCUCUUCGGGGACACCCUCCUCCUACAGACUAGGAAGAGGCGCCCUGCUGCCAGGGCAGGCAGAGCCUAGAUUCCUCCUGCUUCAUUGGUUGCACUUAGGAGAGAGACUCAAAGCCCUGGGGCCCGGCCCUCUCUGCGUCUCUCUCUGACCUAGCUAGCAGUGGGGGUGUUAGGACAGUGAGGCUGAGAUGACAGAGGUGGUCAUGGCUGGCACAGGGCUCAGGUACAUUCUAGAUGGUUGUCAGGUGGUGGGUAGGUUAAGUUACAUUGAAUUUUUCUUGCUUCUUCUCUAUUUUUGUCCACACACAAAUCAGUUUCUCCUGGUCUUUAUGGCUUGGAACAGGGCCAGACAGGGAGAACUCUCAGGUACUCUUGGGAGUUGGUCUGGUCCCAUACAAGUGCGGACUCCUGGACAUUAGCGAGGUGUAAAGAGGGCAGUGUCUGUGCUGCCCCGGCAGCUUUGCUCUCCAGAUGCUGGACUAGGGUGGGCCUCCUCCAGCCUGGGAGGGUCUGAGAAUAAGAUCUAGUGACCCCCAUUUAUAUCAAACCUGAUACCUUACACAUGGGCUUCUUUCUAGAUUCUUCUUUCUAUAGCUCAUGGAGCUGCAGGGAAAGCUUUAAGAGCUUUGGUCAUAUAAAACAUCCAUUCAGCCGGGCACGAUGGCUCACGCCUGUAAUCCCAGCAGUUUGGGAGGCUGAGGCGGGCAGAUCACCUGAGGUCAGGAGUUCGAGACCAGCCUGGCCAACAUGGUGAAACCCCGUCUCUACUAAAAGUAUAAAAAUUAGUCAGGCGUGGUGGCAGGUGCCUGUAAUCCCAGCUACUCAGAAGGCUGAGGCAGAAGAAUAGCUUGAACCUAGGAGGUGGAGGUUGCAGUGAGCCAAGAUCGUACCACUGCACUCCAGCCUGGGUGACAAGAGUGAGACUCUGUCUCAAAAAAACAGAACACAAACAAAGAAAAUCCAUUCAUUUACUCAUGCAAUAAAUUCUCCUGCAAGCUUUUAUGGGCACUCAAUAAGUACUCAGGAUUGGAUUUAUCAGCCUUGCCUCUGAGCAGCUCAUGGUCCUGUGGAACCUGAGCCAGGCCUCAGUCUCUCCAUGAUCGGCUCAGCUAACUCUCAGUUCAGAGCGGAGAGCAUCAGUCUUGUGUUUUUGCCCUUAGGCAGCACUAUAUGAGACAUGGGGCCUGUGGUCCUUCCUUCUGGUGUCCCCCUGUUAAAAGAUAAAAAACACCCCAAGGGCUGGGCACGGUGGCUCACGCCUGUAAUCCCAGCACUUUGGGAGGCCGAGGCGGGCGGAUCAUGAGGUCAGGUGAGCGAAACCAUCCUGGCUAAGGUGGUGAAACCCCGUUUCUACUAAAAAUACAAAAAAUUAGCCGGGCAUGGUGGCGGGCGCCUGUAGUCCCAGCUACUCGGGAGGCUGAGGCAGGAGAAUGGCGUGAACCUGGGAGGUGGAGCUUGCAGUGAGCAGAGAUCACGCCACUGCACUCCAGCCUGGGCGACAGUGCGAGACUCCGUCUCAAAAAAAAAAAAAACCCCAAGGGCCAUCCGUGCUCUCUGCCCCUCCUGUGGGGACCAAGUGGGGUUAGAAAUGGCUCAGUGGGGAAGGAGAGCGCUCUUGUCCCCGGUCCCAUGCCACCCUGUCCCUUAGAUAGGGAGUGGGCUGCAGAGAUUGGUGCCAGGAGAGGGUGGGUUUGGGAAUUGGAGCUCCUCCAAGGAGCUCCUCUUAAGAUUGAGUGCUGCAGCUGUAGUGGCUGCUGGUUGGGAGAGUAAGUGCCAUCACUAACUUAAAAGUUGUUGCCAUCUGGAAGCAGGCUUUGUCAACAGCAGCUGAGAAAAGCAGCCUGUGCCUCUGCUGGCCAAGCCUAGGCCCUCGUCAGAGUGUGCCUCUCCCCAAGGCACCCGGGCCUGGGUGAUUGUUGCGCCUCUGGCCUUGGCAUUUCCUCUUUGCAGCACUUUGCCUACCUCCCCUAAGCCCUGAGCCACUGCCUGCUGGGGCUCCUACUGAGGUUCUGGCAACACCUCUGCCCCUGGGGAGAAAGAGGGCCACACGGGAAGUGUCUGCAGGGAGAGGUGACACUUGGCAGCCUGAGUUCAGGAGAGGUGCUCGGAGCUUCAGGCAGAGGAGCCUUCAGAGGAGGGAAACGGAGCAAUGUGUCACAGGCGGGCAGGGCCAGGACUGCCACCCCAGGCCCUGUGGGAGGCCUGCUGAGAGAACAGGGCUGCUCGGUGCAGUCUUCAUGCUUUGAUCUGGAAAGAGCAGCUGUCCACAGGCCUCUGUCUCCAAGAGGCCUGUCACACAGGAGGACCGCUGGAAACAUACCAACACGUGCAGUCUCCUCUCCAAGCUAUUCAUGCUGUUUGUGGAAUCUCUCUCAAACACAAGUGUCAGGUGUGUGUUGUCCCAACGGGUCCUGUGCUGUGAAUAGAUCCAUGUGCAGCACAAAGGGAAUGUGGCACAUGGCCCCAGGAAGAGUUCACCCGUCCAGGAGGCAGUUGUUCAGUUGCCUGAGGGUUGACACUGACCACUGGCCUCUGGGGUGUCCUGCAGCCCAAAUGCCCACCUUGCCCUCCUCACAUCUCAGUCAGGGGAGGCCAUGCCGAAGCCAAUGUGCUGUCAGAGCCUGCAGCGGGGGCAGCGCUUCCUCGGAGGGCCUGGGAAGUGCUGGGGAUGCCCCAGCGCUUCUCUUCCUGCCUGGCCCUGGCAUGGCCUAGCGCCUCUAGGAUGAACUUAACGAUCCGUGGAGCAGCCCCGGGAAACCCAAGCCUGGCUCAGGACAGCGUACGGGCAAGAGGGCUGUAAAUCAUCCCAGGCUAAGCCUCCAUGGGCACUGGGUCCUGCUGCAGCCUGGCUAUGGGCUCAGUUAGAACUAGGUAGAAAGUCAGCGACACCCCACAGAAGGCCACUGCGGCUAAGUAAACACCUGAGAAAGAAACUGCUCCAGAAGAGAUGACGUGGGCUUCCAGGGGCACGGAGGAGGUGGCACUUGAACUUUUAGGAAACUCCUUAUAUGAGAUAAAGUGGGGGUUGGAGGUGGUGAGAAGAGGGUAACCCUGGGAAAGUCAACGUCAGAACCCAUGGCAGAAGACUGUGGGAGAGGCAGGGGAGGGGCUUUGAGGACCACUGUGGAUGGAGCUCUGAAAGCACCCUGGCCAAAGCCUCUCCUGAGGUGACAGAGCGUGGGAGGAGGCUGCACUGGUCCUGCGUGCCAUCCUCACCCCUGUCCCCCGCUGGCGCCAGGCCCUGCCUUCUUGGUACAUGUGCCAACAGGAGAGCCCUCACCAGCCAAUCUUGUCACUCUCCGUGGUGAUGGUGCCUUGGCCAGCUGUGGCCCCUAGUUUCUAGCAGUGUUUCUCAGUGUCCUUGGCCUUCUGAGAAGGCAGGCGGGAGGCACACAGCGCCCUGUUCUUCCCCAUUUGUCCAGCUGCUUGCAAAGCAGAGAAUGGGUAGGAAUGAACCUGAGUGCCUUCACCAGCCCUGUCCCCCACGUCAGGACAGGCUUGAGGCCUCUCUGGGCGUGAGCGAGGAAACCAGGCUGCACUAACUUCUGAAGAGUGGGCUCUGGCUCAAGACUCCAAUCGGCCAGAAGCCCACAGAGAUCAAAGCACUAGCAAGUUCAGCUGUCCUGGCCCUCGGGCAGAACCCACGGGCGUGCCUGGGUGCGGCUCCACCCACAUGCCCCACUGUCAGCCCAGGCAGGAGCCUUCCUGGCAGGGCUCAGGAUCUGCCUGCAGCCCAGCCAGGCCAUCACCCAGCCCCAGUGCAUCCUGGCACUGCACACUUACUCUUCACAAGCACUUAUACGCAGAUGGCCUCCGAGACCCUGCCUCCCUGGUCUGCUGAGGCCAGGCCAGGUCUCCCACGGAGCCGGGCAGCUCCCCACCCCGCCACCUGGCACCGUUAGGUUUCAGAUCUCCUGUGUGGUGUUUGAUGUCGGCUUUUGUUCCUACCUUGGGAGUUUGGAUUGUUUCCUCUGGUGUCUUUGUUUACCUUCCUCACUGUUCUACCUCCUGGCCAGGUCUCAGCUUAGCUUCCCUGGUGUGGGGUGUUUUUCAAACCUUCCAGCCACAGCUGUCCCCGCUCAGGCUGGAUGGCUCAGGGGUGACAGGGCUUCACCCUCUGCCUGCAGACCCCUGGUGGGCACAUCUCACAGGCUUCCGUCUUGCGAAUUGGGUUCGGAGGCAGAAGUGGGGUGUGGAGGAAAGUCAGAGGGAAAUCUGCUUCAGAAAGGAAGGGUCUUUAGACAGGAAGACUGGAGGCCCUUCCCCGCCCGCACGGGAGCUGCCCUGGUGGGGCUCAUGCACGCCAAGACCUUCCCACAUCCAAACUCAGCUUCCAGCAGGGAUUCUGACUUUGGAUGACAAGGCUUUAUGUGUAGAUAUGCUCUUAAUAUGCAACUUUGAGAAUAAAAUAGAAACAUCAUGUAUUUUAAAAUAUAAGAUGAAGUGUGACGCACUGUAUACAAUUUAAUAUAUAUUUUUAGGAUUUUGUUAUUUAAGAAAAUGGAAUGUAAUGGUACUUUUACAAAAGAGAAAAAAUGUUAUUUUUACUUCCUGGAAAAAAUAAAUAUUCUCAUUGUUGUAGAAAGAGUGAUGGGCCCUACACUGUCAUUUCUAUGGGUGUUCCCCAGAGACCAUGGGAUGAGUGGAGGGUGUCUGUGGUGAGAUUCUUACCUUCCCUUGGGUGCCAGUCCUCGCCUUUUGCUUGCAUUUCCCUAGUAGUGCCUCCAAAUUUCUUCCAGUCUUGUCAUGGCUUUGACCCACAGCUGACCUUCAGCUGGUAAGAUCUGAAAGUUUAGGUAUUCCAAAACCAUUGCACUGCAGCCCACAUCCAAGGAACGUCAGUGCAGAUCAGAGAGAUCUGGGCUUGAGCCGGCCUACAGUCAGUCCCUCGACUCCUCAGCCUCAGCUUCCCCAUCUGAAAAGGGUAAUGGAAUCUAUUCCUCAGGAGGCUAUGGAGGCUAUGUUUUGACAACAUGCAUCUAAAGUGCUUAUGUAAUUAUUAUCCCAGGUGGAAUUGACCUUGCCUCUCACAGCAACCAGUUCUUCCUCUCCACCCCCUUCUUGCCCCACUCUUUCCUUCUUAGGAAGGAAAGAAGCUAAUAGAAGCUCCAUGUAUGAGCUGCCCACUCUGCGCCAGGCACUCUGCUGGCAGACACUGUGCACAUCCUACAACUUUUCACCAUGGGUACCACUUUCCCUCUUUGGCAGAUGAGACAGCUGAGGCAUGGAGAGGCUACAGGGGACAGUAGCUGAGAGCACAGCCCUGGAGGAUUCAGUUUCCUCCAUUCCUUCUCUGUGAGGCCAGUGAGGGUAAAACAGGGAGCCUUUGAAGGGUUUCAGCGAAGUGACAUCAGAUUCCCAGUUUAGAAAGCAUUCCUCCUUGCAUCUGGGAAAACAGAUCCGAGCGGGGUAAGACUGAGGGCAAGGAAACCAGUCAGGAGACUCUACAGGCCCAGCCAGGAGAUGCUGAGGGCAUGCCUGGACCCCCAAGCCAGUGCUGUGGAGAGAGAUGCUGACUGCACUCCCAGGGCAGGGGCAUGUGCAUGGGGCUGGGUAGCUCAGGCUCACAUCCCAGUUUCACUGUUCACCAUGUGACCUGGGGUGAGUAACAUGGCCCUGUGUACCUGUUUUCUCACCUGUCAAAUGGAGACAGUUAUAGUACCUGCCUUUGUGAGGCGUUGGGCUGUAUGAAUUAUUAUUACCUGCAGUAUGUUUUCCAUCAAAGGUAGAUGUUCCUUUCAUUCUAGAAUAGAGGUGGGGGUUAAGAACGAGGAGGUGUCUGGAAUGGUGCUCCUGUACCUGACAUGGGUGCCUGAGCAGAGAGAGGGGCCAUUCUUCGACGUAAGGAAUGUAAAAGGUGCCAGGUGUGAGAGGAAACCUGAUGAGUUCCUUUUGGGCUAAGUCCACUUUGGUCCCUGUGGGACACUGAGGCACAGCUGUCUGGCAGGCAUUGGACAGACAGCCUGAGCCCCCCACAAGGAGCACAAGGCUCUGCACAACCCAAGGAAACAUGGGCACAGGCGGCAUCCUCAGGGUGAGUGUUGGGGCCACCCCUCAGAAGGCUAUGGGGGAGAGUGUCCUGGGAUGCACUGAGGCAGUGAGGGAGCGCCUGGCAGGACCAGGGUGGGCAGGGGUAGGACAGGAGACAAGGACUCCCCUGGAAGCCAAAGAACCUAUAGGCAAAGCUUUUUUUUUUUUUUUUUUUUUUUUUGAGAUGGAGUUUUGCUCGUCACCUAGGAUGGAGUACGGUGGUGCAAUCUCUGUUCACUGCAACCUCCGCCUCCCGGGUUCAAGCAAUUCUCCUGCCUCAGCCUCCCAGAGUAGCUGGAAUUACAGGCGCCCGCCACCAUGCCCAGCUAAUUUUUGUAUUUUUAGUAGAGAUGGAGUUUCACCAUGUUGGCCAGGCUGGUCUCAAACUCCUGACCUCAGGUGAUCCGCCCGCCUCGGCCUCCCAAAGUGCUGGGAUUACAGGUGUGAGCCACUGCGCCUGGCGAGCAAAGCUUCUAACCUGACCAGCACACACAGACUGCUCGUGCUUUGAGUCCCGGUUCCAGAUUCUCAGGAGACAGCUUGGCCAGGUGAAGUCUCCCUCAUCCAGCCAGUUUUUGCUAGGAUAGUGUUUUCUGAGAAAAGAGGGCACAGGCCAGUCCAGCUAAAGAAUAUUACCACCGCAGACGUGGCUCUCGGUGGGAUGCAUUUGACUGCUUGCCUGGGAAUCCCUACGUGCUCUGUUAAACUGCAGGUUCCCGGGCCCCACCCCAGACCUAGCACAUCAGAAUGCCUGGAAGCACUGCCUCGACAUGGAGUCCGCGCCCUUCACUUCACUACUCUCCCCUCCCUGGCUAACUUCUGCCUCCACCCUGCAGCCAGCCCCAAUGCUGCCACGGCUGUUGCAACAUAAUGGCACCUUUUUUUUUUUUUUUUUUUUGAGACGGAGUCUUGCUCUGUCUCCAGGCUGGAGUGCAGUGGCGCAAUCUCGGCUCACUGCAACCUCUGCCUCCUGGGUUCAAGCGAUUCUCCUGCCUCAGCCGCCCGAGUAGCUGGAACUACAGGCACACACCACCACGCCCAGCUAAUUUUUGUAUUUUUAGUAGAGACGGAGUUUCACCAUGUUGGCCAGGAUGGUCUCGAUCUCUUGACCUGGUGAUCUGCCCACCUCGCCCUCCCAAAGUGCUGGUAUUACAGGCGUGAGCCACCAUGCCCGACCCGUGAUAGCCCCUUUAAAGGUCAGCUUCACUUGACUGUUUAUCUUCACUGGGCUUUCCUUCUCUCUCCUGGAAGCUCUUUCCUUCCAUGAAGGAAAAUAUUUUUAAUGGCAGGAAAUGGCUGGUGGAAAACAAACGGGGUGGCCUUGCUGGUGAAUUUCUUAGGGACAAAUUACGCUGCAACAGAAAAAAUAAAUGCAGCCAGAAUGUGCAACUGUCCCCCCUGAAGAACCCCUUUGGGAUUAUGGGACAAUGAGGCCAGGAUGAGACCCUCAAACCCUUUUGAGUGGACUCUGGGGACCACUGACCUUGCCCUGUGUUCUCCUGAACCUGAGAGACGCAGAUAUUGGAGAAUCCACCACCCGGGAGCCAGCACCAGGGCAGCACCAGCCCCAUCCUUUGUCAGGCAGUCAAAGGCUCUUCUUCCUGUGAAGGGGAAUGGGGCUGGACAAGGGUGACCUUGUCUCCAGGCUUGGAAGUCACAUGACCAUCUUCUUUCCCCUCUGGGCCAUGCGUGCCUGAAACUGCAGACAGUCUCUGGGACUCAGAGAACUGGGAAGCUUUUGUUCCUCUGUGGCGAGGUCGGGUCCCGAUGGGGGAUUGUUUUUGCUCAGCUGAAAGGGACACUUUAGGGAUAGAAUAUUUCAACCUUAAGAAGCAGCAACAUUUGCUUGUAGCUGGAAGUCUUCAUUUCUGGUCUCCAGCUGUUGUCUGGAGCCAGCAGGCCUCCGCUGAAUGGGCCUAUGCCCAGCAACUGGGGGCGGGCAGUGCCUGCCAGACUGAACAUGAACCAAUCUGUGCAGGACGCCCAUCUCCAGGACAGCCUGGCUGCAAGGACACCCUGUCCCCUCCCGAUGGUGGUUGCUGGGCUUUGGAAUAAACCUGUUAGCUCUGGGUGACUGAGCUGGGAAAAGGGGCUCCACAAGAAGCGUUUUAGGGGGAAAGUAGACCCAAGCUUGAGCUCCAGAGUAACCCCUCCGGGAGAAACACCAAACACUCGGAAACAGCCAGGGCUCUUGCAACAGUGAAGCUGCAGAUCCCAUUUAUUUCCGUCUUAAUAGCAUUGUCUCUGUUCAAAUGAGGUCACUGAACUUUUAAAAACUUCACUGAGGGUCAUGCUUCUUUGCAUAUUGAUCAUGUGAAUCUUUAUUGGACUUGCCUUAGUUGCUGGUACCAAAGAUAGAGAUUAAGGGCCCUCAAGGGGUAUUUAGACCUCAAAUUCAGCCAAACACAGGGGCAGCUUUUCCUGGGUCUGAGUGAGCUGAGGAAAGCAUUUUUGAAUAUGCAAGGACAAUAAGAUUAAUAACCACUACCAUCUCUGCAGUACCUAUUGUGUACCAGACGCUGUGCCAAGUGGCCAACAGAGAUUACUGAAUUCGUCUUUGCCGCAACCCAACAAGGAAACUGAGGGUCAGAGAAGGGGUCCAGCCAGGGGCCGCCAAGGUUCAGACUCAGCCUGGGACCACUGGCUCCAAAGCUGGGGGUCUUCACUCCUGUUGAGCUGCAGGCCCCUCCAACACAGGCAGUGGGUGGGCCCCCAAAUAGCUCAUCUUCAAGGAUACGGCCUCCAGAAAGCCCAGGGAAAGUGUGGAUCGAUUUUCCUGGGUCAAGGAAGGAUCAAACCUUCACUUCUUUACCUAUUUGAUGACACAAACCCCUUUGAGAACCAGGGGUUGGAUGGAGCCUCUCCCUGCAAAAAAGACCCCAUCUGCCAAACUGCAGGGGUCCAGAGACGCCCUGCCCCCUGAAACCCUUCCAUGGACCUCAGGUUUAGAAUCUCUCCAUUAAGCCAUAAGCAUGAUUAUUUGAAAGUUAAAAUGAGGCCAGAAGGGAUAAUAGUAACAGUCAUAAUAAUACGAAUAACAGGAUACAUUUUACUGACCACCUGUUGUCAGGCAUUUAUGCCAGGGGUUGGCAAACAUUUUCUGUUAAAGGCUAAAUACUAAACAUUUUAGACUUUGUAGGCCAUACAGUCUCAGAUCCAUUGACCAAGAACCACAGGCCAGCCACUGAGACCCUCGAUGACUCCAACAAGCCCUGGAGCCAUCUAGGCAACUCCAUGAGGAGUGGGGGGAUGAGGGGCCACCAAGCUCCCCUUGUUAUUAGCCACAGACAGUAUGUAAACAAAUGGUCACAGUUGUGUUCCCAUAAAACUUCACGGACACCAAAACCUGAAGUUUAUAUAAUGUUCACGUGUCACGAAAUGCUACAAAAUGCUAUUCUUUUGAUUUUUCCCCCCCAAAAUUAAAAAGUGUAAAAACCGGCCAGGCAUGAUGUCUCAUGCCCAUAAUCUCAGCACUUUGGGAGGCUGAGGUGGGUGGAUCACUUGAUGUCAGGAGUUUGAGACUAGCCUGGCCAACAUGGUGAAACCCUGUCUCUACUAAAAAUAUAAAAAUUAGCCAGGUGUGGUAGCACGUGCCUGUAAUCCCAGCUACUCGGGAGUCUGAGGCAGGAGAAUCGCUUGAACCAGGGAGGUGGAGGUUGCUGUGAGCCGAGAUUGUGCCAUUGCACUCCAGCCUGGGAGACAGAGCAAGACUCUGUCUUAAAAAAAAAAAAAAAAAAGCAUAGGAGUCAGGAUUUGAGCCCACUCCCAAGCCUGUUUGCUUUCCUAAGAGACAAGAUGGGUGCAUUUAAAUUGUGGAGGAAGAAAAGGUGACAGUGAAGCAGGAAGGAAGACCCAGGAGCAAGGGCAGUCCCCUGGGCACUGGGAAUAUCAGGCAGAGAGGCUCCAUCCUCCUGCAGUCUUUGCUGAAUGGUCUGCACUGCAGGGGAGGGCGGCUGGUUUCCUGAGCCAUCCCUCCAACCCCCUGCAAGUGGCUCCAAGGACAGAGGCUCCAGAUCCAGGACAGCUGGUGGCCUUCACAUUGUUUUGCAUCUCCCAGGUUCUCUUAAUUAUAACCAAUUCACCACCCUCAGCAAUUCCUUGUUCCCCUUUGCUAAUACCGGUUGAGUUGUAACCAUCAGCCGAACUCCCAGCCAAAUGGGCUAAAAUCACUUCCCUUUCCCAUGUAGGGAGUCCUCCAGUCUCUUAGAAACUCGCCUUUCUUCUCAGUCCUGUGAGACGGGCGAGGCCUGCCCUUCUGUGCGCUGACUUACUGGGCUGGGAUCUGCCCUAGCGGGAGACAGAAUCUGCUCAACUUUCUCCAGCUCCUCCCUGCCCCUUGCAUCCCCCGCCCCGACUCUCCCCCCAACCCCUCCUGCUGACUCUUGGGGCUCUGGCACACUGCCUGCCAAGCACAACCUUUCCUUUUUUUCUCUCUCGAAAGACAGGGUCUCACUCUGUCGCCCAGGCUGGAGAGCAGUGGCACCGUCACAGAGUAAACUCCAAAACUGGGAUUCAGCCUGGGACCCACAUGGGUUCCUGGCUUGAAGCAGGAAGGAACUCAAGAGUGAGCUGACAGUAAAGUGAAAGCAAGUCUUUUAAGAAAGUAAAGGAAUAACCCCUUUUAUAGAUCAGAGUGCUCUAGAAUAAUGGAUGGUCUUGGAUGGUGGACAAAUAGGGACAGGGACAGUUAAAUUGGGAGCCUUUCUUACAACCUUGAUGGGUUUUUUCCCCCCAAGUUUCCUUCUCCACUGAAAUGCCACACCAAUGCUUGUUGGAUUCAUGAGGUGGCCAGACCAAUGUGUUGUUUGUUUUUUUUUUUAAGCUUCCCUUGAGAGAAUAAAUGGUAAUGGAGAGAACUAUUUAACAAGGUCCUGGUUUCUCUUGCAACACAGUAGCUAAACUUGCCUGCUUUUAUAUGCAUUUUUGUAGGGAUCGGCUUGGUAGACAGUAUUAGCAGAGAAACGACACCUUGAUCUUGGUUUGCAAGCCCUUCUCCCAUCAGUCCUAGAUUAGGCCCUGUUCAGCCAUGCAGGGGUGUUGGUUUAUGCGUGCUGCAGCAGUGGGCAUAAUGAAUAUAAUUUACCCAGUGGACAAAGGUGUGUACCAAGUGAAUUUAAAUAAUUGAUGUAGAUUGGCCAGUAGCUAAGAAGUGGGCUUUUAAAGAGUGUUGAAGAUUGAAAGGUUUGUUUUUUUUUUAAAGAAAAAAAAUCUAUUGAUUGUAGAUAAUGAAAAGCUAGGGUUUGCCCUCUUCAUGUCUACUCUCCUUCCAAAUAGUUAUAUCCAAAACUGUUUUUCCCUCUCCCCUACCUUGUCCCCACUAUUAAAAUAGAAACAGGGAUUGAUUAAUGUCCCGCUCCUGAACACAUGUAAAAUUUGGACAAAAAUAUCUUCUGUGAAAAUGAUUUGUAAUCUGUAGACUUAUUACCUGGGAGAUGUCUUGAUGUAAAAUCCCAUCCUUUGGGUUGUGGGUUUUUUGUUUUCUCCAAAUAAAUCUGAUCUUUAAA